AUGGGGAGGAGAUUGUGUAAUGAGGGAGGAGGGGACAGGCCGGGCUUUGCAGUCGGUCCCUCGAGGAAGCAGUUUUAUGUUCUUCGUGGAGCAGGAGUUUCUCUUGGCUUCACUGAUGUUGGUUUUUUCAGCCCAAGUGGUAAGAAGUUUCGGAGCAAGCCCCAGCUGGCCCGUUACCUGGGGAGCUCCAUGGACCUGGGCACCUUUGACUUCCGCACAGGAAAGAUGUUGAUGAAUAAAAUGAACAAGAACAGACAGAGGAUGCGCUACGACUGCUCCAACCAAGCCAAAGGGAAGCCUGAUUUGAACACAGCACUGCCUGUCAGACAGACAGCCUCCAUAUUCAAACAGCCUGUCACAAAGAUCACCAAUCAUCCCAGCAAUAAGGUGAAGAGUGAUCCUCAGAAAGCUGUGGACCAGCCCCGGCAGCUCUUCUGGGAGAAGAAAUUAAGUGGACUGAAUGCUUUUGACAUUGCAGAGGAGCUGGUGAAAACAAUGGACCUUCCAAAAGGUUUACAAGGGGUUGGACCUGGCUGCACUGAUGAAACCCUUCUCUCUGCUAUUGCCAGUGCCCUGCACACCAGCACCAUGCCCAUCACAGGGCAACUCUCUGCAGCUGUGGAGAAGAACCCUGGAGUGUGGUUGAACACCUCCCAGCCUCUUUGCAAAGCUUUUAUGGUGACAGAUGAAGAUAUUAGGAAGCAAGAGGAGCUGGUGCAGCAGGUGCGGAAGAGGCUGGAGGAGGCCCUGAUGGCUGACAUGCUUGCCCAUGUAGAGGAGAUAGCAAGAGAUGGGGAGGCUCCCUCAGAGAAGGAAGGAGGUGAGGAAGAAGGAGAAGAGGAAGAGGAGGAGGAGGAGCAGGACCAUGAGCAGGAGAUGGAGAACGUAUAGUCCAGGGAGUUCCAUCUAAGAAUUCCCAGUAUAAACCUGAUCAGCAGGGUCAGCACAACUAUUUACAAAGCCAAGAGUGUCUGCUGAGUGAACUGCACCAACAGUGCAACUGUACCUGUGAGCAUUUUGAUCUACACUUCAGGAAACGUUGAGAAGCUGAUGGUUCAUUAAUUGCUGGGUAGUUUUGAAGAUGGAACUUGACUAAACUCUACUCCCCCUCCUUUUUUUUAAAGGGGUAGGGUAAUGGGGAAUGCAAAAGUGGGAGGGAAUAAAGGAAUAUAAAACAGUGGGAGGGAAAACACUAGGAACCAAAUUUCCUGUCCUUUUUUGUUGUUGUGGGUCAGUGAUAGAUGAUACAUUUUUAAGCUUUUCUAUCAAAGUACAUUUAACCAUGACCCAUAGAAACAAUUUUCUCUCCAACACAAGUGAGAGAUGCUGUUUCACUCCUUGGCUGCUCUGCUG